CUAUUGCAGAUCACAAGCUUCUGGUAAAGUAGUAAGUGGAGAAGAACAUUUUUCAAGCAAAAAGUGCCUGGCUUGGUUUUAUGAAUAUGCAGGUCCCGAUGAAGUUGUGGGGCCCGAAGGAAUGGAAAAGUUCUGUGAAGACAUUGGUGUUGAGCCUGAAAAUAUUAUUAUGUUAGUUUUAGCCUGGAAACUAGAGGCUGAAAGCAUGGGAUUUUUUACCAAGGAAGAAUGGUUAAAAGGAAUGACCUCACUACAGUGUGACUCUACAGAAAAAUUACAGAGUAAAUUUGACUUCUUGCGGUCACAGUUGAAUGACAUUUCAUCCUUUAAGAAUAUCUACAGAUACGCCUUUGAUUUUGCAAGGGAUAAGGACCAGCGAAGUCUUGAUAUUGAUACUGCAAAAUCCAUGUUAGCCCUUCUGCUUGGAAGAACUUGGCCACUGUUUUCAGUAUUUUAUCAAUACUUGGAGCAAUCGAAGUAUAGAGUUAUGAACAAGGAUCAGUGGUACAAUGUGCUAGAGUUCAGCAGAACUGUCCAUGCAGAUCUUAGCAACUAUGAUGAAGAUGGUGCAUGGCCUGUACUUCUGGAUGAAUUUGUUGAAUGGCAAAAGGUUCGUCAAGCGUCAUAGCAAGAACUGAAAAGAAAAUGCAAAAGUUCUUUUGGUGCCCGCCUGCACACAAACUAAUAAGAAAAACAAAGGACUGCAUUUUCAUUCUUAAGAAAGACUUUACAGUAACUUUUUUCCUUUUCUAAGGAAAUUUUCUUGUUACAUGUGAUAUGGGCAUUGAACCACACCUCUUCUGAGACUGAAAGUUGGAGUUCUUGUUUUGAGUCUUAUGUUUAUAGCAUUUAUUUCAGAACAAUAAAGAUUCAGAUUUGUGACAAAGGC